UCUCCUCUGUAUACUUGUCUGCUGACUUAAAUUCCAUAAAUAUUUUUACAUAAAAAUGAAUAAAAAUUAAGAAAAUAAAUAAUAGAUGGAGCAGAAUAUUAAAUAAAAAGUCGAAGUAAACUUUGUAUUUACUAAAUCUAAUUUUAAAAAGGAAAAAAAUAUCCUUUAUUCUCACAAUAGUGAAAUCAAAAAUUUUAUCGAUGAAUUAAAGAAGGCACUAUUGUCAAAAGAAAUAGAGUUAAUCGAUGUUAAAGAAAACGAAAGCUCUCAAAGAGCAUUUAAUUCUGUAUGCAGUGUCACUAAAUAACUCAUACAAUAUCCUGUGAAUGUUUAUAAAAAUAUAAAAGAUCUUGAAGAUACAAUUCUUAAAAUUGUUAUUGAUAAAAAACUCUGUGUAAAGCCCAAUGAUAAUAGUAAGUACGCAGUAUAAGUAAUAACUCCAAUUAAUGAUCAAUAAUCUUAAAUCAUAACACUUAAUAAAAAUAACUAAAAUAAUAAUAUUGAAGAAACAAAAGUUAAUCAUUAAGAUGGUAAGUAAAAUAUGUGGUAACCAAAUAAUCUUAAUAAACCUUCUCCUCUAUCUAGAGAGCAUUCUUAAUAUUAAAAAACUCCUAUAAUUCAAAAUGUUUGUGAUUAAGAUGCUAAUUAUUAAAAAUAUCUUGAUUAAUCUGAAGAAAUAGCCAAAUUAAAUUAGUAACUGGAAAAAACUAUUUUAGAAAAUUAAUAGCAAAGAAUUUAAUUUGAAAAAGAACUGUUAAUUUUCAAAAGUAAAAUUAAAGAAUUGAAACUUAAAAAUUAAAUGUUGGAAAUUGAAAACAAAUGUCUUAAAAAAGAGCAAGCUUUACUUAAUUAAGAAUAAUAGUUAAAAUUGUGAGAAUUAAAUAAAAAAAAUGCAGUCA